AACAUCGUGUCUGGCCAGUUUAAGUUUCAUGGAAUCAUCACUACAUUUGAAAUGAUAAUGGCUGACUGUCCAGAGCUGAAGAAGAUUAACUGGCGCUGUGUGGUGAUCGACGAGGCCCAUCGCCUAAAAAACCGCAACUGUAAACUGCUGGAGGGACUCAAACUCAUGAACCUGGAACAUAAAGUCCUUCUCACAGGAACCCCUUUGCAGAACUCAGUUGAGGAACUCUUCAGUCUGCUUAACUUUCUCGAACCCUCACAGUUCCCUUCCGAGACCACUUUCCUAGAGGAGUUUGGAGACCUGAAGACAGAAGAGCAGGUAAAGAAACUACAAGCCAUUCUGAAGCCCAUGAUGUUGAGGAGACUGAAGGAUGACGUGGAGAAGAAUCUGGCCCCUAAAGAGGAGACAAUCAUUGAGGUGGAGCUCACUAAUAUUCAGAAGAAGUACUACCGCGCCAUUCUGGAGAAAAACUUUGCCUUCCUUGCCAAGGGAGCAAACCAGCACAACAUGCCCAACCUCAUCAACACAAUGAUGGAGCUUCGCAAGUGCUGCAAUCACCCAUACCUCAUUACAGGUGCUGAAGAAAAGAUCCUUGAGAGCUUCAAGAAAACCUACAGUUCUGAUGCUGUAGAUUUUCAGCUGCAGGCAAUGAUCCAGGCCGCUGGUAAACUAGUACUUAUUGACAAGUUGCUGCCCAAGCUGCUGGCCGGAGGACAUAAAGUGCUGGUGUUUUCCCAGAUGGUCCGGUGCCUGGAUAUACUGGAGGACUACCUCAUUCAGAGGAGGUAUACAUACGAGCGUAUUGAUGGGAGAGUUCGAGGGAAUCUACGGCAGGCCGCCAUCGAUCGCUUCAGUAAGGUGGAUUCUGACCGCUUCGUGUUCCUCCUCUGUACACGAGCAGGAGGUCUGGGCAUCAACCUCACCGCCGCUGAUACCUGUAUUAUAUUUGACUCAGACUGGAACCCGCAGAACGACUUGCAGCUGGUGUAUGUUACUCAUGGACCCAAACGUCCUCAUCUUGUUGAUCUUGAUAGCAUUAUGGCUAAGGUUGAAUUUUUGGAGGGCGUCAAAGUGGAUGAAACAACUGCUGUCCAAGCUGGUCAAUCGGUUCUCAGCCAGUGA